AUGCCACAUAAGAAAGCUCGCUCAUUGUUUUCGAAAAAUAAAAGCGUGAAAAUCACUUGGUCUAUAAAGCGGCAGAAUGAAGCUGCUCUCUCUCAUCCUCAAUCCAAAGGUUUAAAACAACAGAAUGAAGUUACAGAUCUACUUACUCAGCCUCCUACUAAAGGGUCACGUCCAUCUAGCCACGACGCUGACCCUUUUGUCUCGGAAAAGAACAGCGCAAAGAUCACUAGGUCUAGAAAACGACCAACAGAAGCAGUGCUCUCUCACCCUCCAUACAAGGGCUCUCAGGGCGCAGUGCCACAGAAAGAAGUUACAGAGCUACCUACUCGGCCUCCCGUGAAAGAAUCACGAGAACCAAACCCCGAAGCUAGCCCUUUUGUCCCGAAAAAGAACCCUUUGGAGAUCGUUGGGUCUGCAAAGCGACAAAAGGAAGCGGCGCUCUCUCGCCCUCCAUACAAGGGCUCCAAGGUCCCAAAACAAAUGCUGAACGCAUUUAAGCGGACCAAAAAUGUAGAAAGAUCGCAAAAGGAAGAAACCUCCCCUUUGUCGGUGUCAUUUGACGAGAAAGCGACUAUGUCACAAAUCGGUGCUCCUCAAGCAACCAAAGAUGAAGUCGUUGGCCAGUCGGUACAAAGUGCUGUCAUCGAAGACAAACACGGCCUCUUAGAUAGUGUUCUGACACCGCCAAACCCGCAAAAGCCGCUCGAAAUUGUUCGAGUCAAGAAGUCUGACAAAUAUGGGUAUAUCUACCAAGCUAGAGCGGAGAGCAUAUUCUACGAGAUCAGAGUAUACUCCUUCACUCAGGAAGAUGCCUCCGAAAGGAGGCAAGCGAAGCGUAAUUGCAGGGAAUGGAAAGCGAGACGGCGAUUCUCGUUCUCUUGGAAGAAGGACGACUUGGUUUUCUUGGUUCUCCGCAAUCAAGGAGACAGCAUGGCAGCUCCUUACUUAGAUCCACCUGAGCCACAAAGGAAUUCAAUUCCGUGGUUCUUAAAUCUCAUCAGAAGCCGAGAGCGGCACUGCAAAGAUGAAAGUGGGAGAGGAUACACGAUACCUCAAACACUUGACGUAAACUUUCAUCCCUCAACGCUUUUUGUCCCCAACAUUCGAAAAAAAACAACUGCGCAGAAAGAGAGAAAUCGCAAAGUGCAGCAGAAGAAAAGAAAGGUCAAGAGAGCCAGUCGAAGAGCAGUGAAGCCUGCCCCGGACAUUGAACAGAACCAGCCAGCAAUUUCACCAAGCCCCGAAAAUUUCAUAGCCCAGCAUCCUUAUGACGACCAAACAGCCGAAAAUGACCAUACCUUAUACGGGAAGCGGCAGAAGCCUCGCAUACUCGCAACAGACAUUAACAGUUUCUGGUCACCCCACGGCGGAUGGGUAGAGGAGCUCGUUCAUGUGCCGGGUGGAACUAGUCAGUAUGGAACAGUGUACUCAGUCCAUGGCGGAUGGCUUCCCGGAUACGCCCCCACGACGCAAGUUGAGGAGCUUCAGAAAGAUGAUAGCAAGGAGCAAACAUCAAACCUAGACUCGAAAGAUGGUGGAUCGAAUUACAGGCCUCCCGGACGCGCUAUGCCUGAGGAGAAAACCUGGCAAACGAAAGCGGCACCGAAUGGUUCUAUGCGAGAACCACCAAAGCAGUAUGGAAGUGCGAAACUUAACAAUAGCACCUUAUCAGGUCUAGUAAAAAUUAUCCUGGAAUAUCUCUUCUCGCCCGACAAUCUUUGUCAAGACGAGCCCCUUCGUAAACAGAUGGACUUGUCGGGCUUCGUUCCGCUUAGUUAUUUUGCAAUUGUCAGGCGUGUCAGCCGGCUUACUAGUGAUAUGAAUACGAUUUUGAUAUCUUGCAGCCGCUCGGAUGUUCUUGAGCUGAAAGCGGAUAAGAGUGAUGGAGUAGAAGCGAUGUUUGUGAGGAGGAAAGAGGGGUGGGAGGAGUGGGUGUUGCUGAAAGAGAAUGUUUCAACAGAAGUUAAGGAGAUUGAGCAUGGCAAUUGCGAGAAAUGCGGUGCCUUGGUUGCUAGUGGAGAGUAA